AUGCUUUUCAAUUAAGCCCGAUGAUGUAACGAAUCACGGUGAUGCUAGUGUAGGCAAUCCUCCAUUGACACCUACACUACGACCUUAGACAAGAGAACAAGAAGCCAUUGGUGACUGCUCAACAUCGGCGGUCCACCAUGACAGCCAACGCAGGCGCGAAUACCCAGGCGAUGCUUGAAUACCGAUAACCUGUGGUUCCGUGUGAGCGUCCCGCAGGCCGCCUUUGGCCGACCGCUGGCCGACCGCCACCAUCAUGAUACCGAUGAGACCGACGAGAGAGCCGCACACAAAACGGCUUGUGCGCCUCUCCCUGUUCCCAUGCCCAUUGAGGCUGUCGGUCCGUUGCGAGUGGUCCAGGUCCAUGGCCUUCAUCGCGCGAGGAUGCAGGCCGUGGAUUGGACUUCGUUGUCAUGGCCCCAGUCCCGGUUUCCGCUACCACGACUCGAGGCGGUGCUUCUUUUCCGCGCGCCAGCAGCCCCGGUUGCGGGUGCACACUUCCAAGCUGAUAUCGGUGACGAUCACCAGCGUCUUGCUUGCCUUCUGGCUGUACCCGGCUGAUGCGCCGCAGCAUACCGACUACCCGGCGAAGGUCGCCCCCGGCGCCGACCCCGGGGAUUGCGGAGAUCCAGCUGCCCCGGACGACGUGGACCAGAGUGCCUGGAGCAAGUUCACCCGGAACUUCGCGGGCAUCUCGCUCGUGCCAUCGACAGAUGUGCUGUCUGAGCGGGUGGCCGGCUUGAUGCCGGACUGGUUCAAGCUCAUGCCUGGCUACGUCAGGAAGCUGCAGCGCGAGCUGAACAUGGCGCCGGGGUCGCUGGCCGCCGAGAUCUGGCAGGAGGCGAGCGACCCGCUCGUCCACCCGGAAAUCCACUACUCCGCAAAGGUCCGCGUGUCUGGGGAGCUGUGCGACGAAGAGAAGACCUUCCUGGAGAGGAGAAGGAAGAUGAUCGUCCCCGCGCUUGCGCGGUAUUUGGGGAUUGAAGAGGGGGAUAUCCAUCCGGACGACGUCCCUACCAUUGCUAUGUGCGGUUCCGGCGGCGGCCUGAGGGCACUGGUCGCGGGCACCGGCUCUUUCCUGGCCACGGCAGAGGACGGGCUCUUCGACUGCGUUACCUACGUCUCAGGGGUCAGCGGGUCCUGCUGGCUCCAGUCCCUCUACUACUCCUCCGUAACGGGCGCGAACUUCCACCGUGCCAUCGACCAUCUGAAGGCACGCCUCGGCACCCACAUUGCCUACCCGCCCGUGGCGUUCGCGUCGUUGACGUCGUCGCCCACAAACAAAUACCUCUUGAGCGGCGUGGUGGAGAAGCUCAAGGGCGAUCCCGGCGCUCAGUUUGGCCUCGUCGAUGUCUACGGCAUGCUUCUGGCAGCAAGGUUGUUGAUUCCCAAGGGAGAACUUGGGGUCAACGAGAAGGACUUUAAACUAUCGAACCAGCGCGAAUAUGUCAAGUACGGGCAGAAUCCUCUGCCCAUCUACACUGCUGUGCGGCACGAAAUACCGGAGCUAGACUCGCCAGACUACGGCGGUCCAGGCUCCAUCUCGGAGGAGGCGAAGGACCGAGCUAAGAGGGAGGCAUGGUUCCAGUGGUUCGAGAUCACCCCCUACGAAUUCUUCUGCGAGGAAUUCUCCGCCGGCAUCCCCACCUGGGCCCUGGGCCGUAAGUUCAAGAACGGCACCGACUUGGCGUCCCCGUCAGGCUUGCGUCUUCCCGAGAUCCGGAUGCCCUUGCUCCUGGGCAUAUGGGGGAGUGCCUUCUGUGCGACGCUGAGCCACUACUACCGCGAGAUCAGACCCCUCGUCAAGAGCCUUACCGGCUUGCAGUCGGUCGACGAGCUGAUCUGGGGUCAUAACAAGGACCUCAGCAAAGUUCAUCCCAUCGAACCGGCCAGCAUCCCGAAUUUCGUGCACGGCAUGUACGGUCAGCUCCCCCAGGCGGUUCCUCAGGCCGUUUACGACAACGAACACAUCCAACUCAUGGACGCCGGCAUGUCCAACAACCUUCCCAUCUACCCACUGCUCCGGCCCGGCCGGGACGUCGACAUCGUCGUGGCCUUCGACGCCUCGGCCGACAUCAAGACGGACAACUGGCUCUCCGUCGUCGAAGGCUACGCCCGCCAGCGAGGCGUCAAGGGCUGGCCCGUGGGGAUCGGCUGGCCGAAGCCCACCGAAUCUCCAUCCCUCGCCGCCACCGAGCUCGAAGAAGCCCAAGCCCACUCGGCCGCCGAAGCCGAGGGCAAAGUCACGCAAGCCAAAACCGACCAAGCAGCCCGCCACGCCGACCUCCCCAAACCCAGCCCCGGCACGAAGCCCCUCAAGCCCGAAGCGCAGCGCCAGACCGCCGCCGCCUCCGAGCUGGGCUACUGCACGGUGUGGGUCGGCACGACGGAGGAGCGCGCGUCGGAGCACCCGCCGCCGCCGCCGGUCGACGACGCGAGCACGUGGCGGCUGACGGCGCCCGACGCCGGCAUCACGGUCGUGUACCUGCCGCUGCUGGCCAACGAGCGCGCGGCCCCGGGCGUCGACGUCGCCGCCAGCGACUACCUCAGCACGUGGAAUUUUGUGUACACGCCGCGCCAGGUCGACGCCGUCGUCGGCCUCGCCCGCGCCAACUACGCCGAGGGCAGGGCGCGGAUCCGCGCGACCGUGCGGGCGGUCUUCGAGCGCAAGAGGAAGAGGCGGCUCGAGAGGGAGGCGCGCGAGGAGGAGCAGGCGUUUCGGAGGCUGGUCAGGCGCGGCGUUGUGGGUGGGUUGGGGGAGGGCGAUCACUUUAGCUGAGCUGAGCUGAGGUUAGCUCAAGAAAGAGGGACGCCGACGGCGGUGUGUGGUGGUGGUUAUUGUUGUCGCUGUUGAUACCCGUUUGUACAAAAUAUCUUACUGUUGACGCUGUACAGAAAGCGAGAACAUGAACAAUGAGCACAGGGCCUUCCCCUAUUGACCAAAAUACCAAAGCUGAAAAGAGGGCCCGGUCCCUUCUCGGUACCAA